AUGGGUUUGGGAACCACCACUGUUCCUACCAACAUCCUUCCCCAAUUCGGGUUGCUCCGAACCCACUUAAACCCUAUUCGGGUCAACAAUUCUUCCGGAUUCACCUACCCUCUCUCUCGAAGGAAGAACAAGAGUCUUGAUAAACUCGUUUGCUUCGCCGUUGACGAUGGAAUCAGAGAGAAACAGCAACAACAGUUGAGUACUGGUUCGAAUAGACUUGGCUCCGCCAUUGAAGAAAGACCAGAAAAUAAAGAUAUGAUUGAUGGUAUAAGUGAAGAUGAUGGGGAGAGAAGUGCUAUCUAUGAUUUUCUUUAUCCUAGUAAAGAGCUUCUACCUGAUGAUAAAGAAAUGAGCAUAUUCGAUCACCUUGAAGAGCUACGAGAGAGAAUCUUUAUAUCAGUUCUUGGAGUUGGAGGAAGCAUUUUGGGAUGCUUUGCAUUUUCGAAAGAUUUGGUAAAGAUUCUCGAAGCUCCUGUUAAAUCAGAGGGUGUCAGAUUUCUUCAACUAGCUCCUGGUGAAUUUUUCUUCACCACUUUAAAGGUGUCUGGAUAUUGUGGCCUCCUCUUGGGAAGUCCCAUCAUUCUCUACGAAAUCAUAGCCUUUAUAAUUCCAGGUCUAACGAAAGAAGAAAGAAAGUUUCUAGGACCAAUUGUUUUAGGCUCAUCAGUUCUUUUCUACGCCGGAAUAACCUUCUCCUACUUAGUUCUGGUACCUGCGGCAUUAAAUUUCUUUGUCAAUUACGCUGAAGGUGCUGUUGAAUCGUUGUGGUCCAUCGAUCAAUACUUUGAGUUUGUUCUGGUUCUUAUGUUCAGCACAGGCUUGUCUUUCCAGGUGCCGAUUAUACAAAUUCUAUUGGGACAACUUGGAUUGGUAUCUGGAGACAAGAUGCUAUCGAUUUGGAGGUAUGUUGUAGUCGGUGCAGUAGUCGCAGCUGCUAUAGUUACGCCGUCUACAGAUCCUCUCACUCAACUUCUUCUAGCGGCACCCUUAUUAGGCCUUUAUCUGGGUGGUGCUUGGAUGGUCAAACUCGCUGGACGGUAA